AUGAGAGCUGUCACAUUAGUCUGCAUCGUUCUCGUACUGGGUGUUGGAAACACCAAGGCUGAUUUCUUCGAUGACCUCUUCGCCCAGGUCCUGAAGCCAACUGCUGAACAGAUUGUUCAGGCCGGCCAGAAUGCCCUUCUCCAACUCCUCGAACAAGGCGUUCUCUCAAAUCUCGGAAAGCGCGGCGUUGACUUCGACCCCGUCAAGCUCCAGGCCUUCCUCGACAAGGCCAGGGAGGUCCUCGGUGAAAAGUUCGAGCCCCUGAAGGAGACCAUCCUUGAGGGAUACAAGGAGCUCAUCGAAUUCGCCCAGAACGUCAACUCUCUCUCCUGGGUGAACAAGGGGAUGACCAAGCGUGACCUCCACAAUGCUCUCGAUGUGAUCGUCAAGACACACCAGAGCAAACUCCGCGAUGUCUGGACAGAUCUUUUGGGAAACCUCGGAAACAUGGGAAUCGGCCUCCUCGGACAGACUGUCGCCACUGGUCUUGGUGAACUCCAGAACCUCCUCAACCAGGGAGUUGGGGAUCUCGCCGGAAAGAAGCGUGAUGUCUGGACUGACCUCCUGGCCAACCUCGGAAACUCUGGAAUCGGCCUUCUCGGACAGACUGUUGCCACUGGUCUUGGUGAACUCCAGAACCUCCUAAACCAGAAUGUUGGAAAGCGUGAACUCGAACUCCGUGAUGCAUGGACCGAUCUCCUCGGAAACCUCGGAAACAUGGGAAUCGGCCUCCUCGGACAAACUGUCGCCACUGGUCUCGGUGAACUCCAGAACCUCCUCAACCAGGGUGUUGGAGACCUCGCUGGAAAGCGUGAAGUCCGUGAUGCUUGGACCGACCUUCUCGGCAACCUUGGAAACAUGGGAAUCGGCCUCCUCGGACAGACUGUAGCCACUGGUCUCGGCGAACUCCAGAACCUCCUCAACCAGGGUGUUGGAGACCUCGCUGGAAAGCGUGAAGUCCGUGAUGUCUGGACUGACCUUCUCGCUAACCUCGGAAACAUGGGAAUCGGCCUCCUCGGACAAACCGUCCAGACUGGUCUCGGUGAACUCCAGAACCUCCUCAAUCAGGGAGUUGGAGACCUCGCUGGAAAACGUGCGGAGGACAUCAGUAUGUAUUUAAUCAUAAGUUUCCAAAAUACCUUCACGAAUAUUGACGGAAUUCUAUUUGACACCACACCAAAGAAAAACUGUAGACUUUGCGCGAACAUCUUUGAUUCAGAAUUUAUUUAA